GUCUGGCUUUACCUCGAUGUUAUUGUGUCAGUCUCGUCGGUUUUUCAACCAUCAUCGGCUAUUGUGUUCACACUGGUUUGUGAAUCGAUGUUCGUAUUACUUUCUGUCAAGUCUCAUUCACUCACAUACACAGAAAGACACUCGUAUUGCACAAAACAUUGAAUCACGUUUUAGUACAAAGUGGAAUGAAAUACGGUUUUAUCGAUGAUUCAUUUUAUGAACUGACAAAAUAAAAAGAAAUCUACACAUUUUUAAACCAAUUUUCCAUUGGUAUUAACCACUAUUCAUUCAUUUUUAAGGUCUGAUGAAAAAUUGAAAAAAAUUAAAAUUUCCAAACAAAGCAAAUGAAUCGCGUCGGGCAGGAGAACAAAGUCUCACCGUUUCAUGUGUUUUAGUACCCACGUAAAACGGCAAUACCAAUCGGAGAAGCCAAAACAAACAGAAACGUCAACACAAAACGUCAAAUCGAAAAACAUCAAACGUAGGCUCAUUAUUCGUGUUGAUAUGCCAUUUUUGUUGUAGCCAGAAUAUUGUUCCUCGUCAAUUACCAUUCUCAGUGUGUAGUGACAAUAUUUACUUACGACACAACAUUGGAAUUGAAUUUUUUUUUCUUCGACUAUUUACCAAUUCGAACUGUUUUGAGGUGUAGAUUUCAUUUUCGGGCGGAAAAAUAUGGAUCAAGUUGAAUCUCGUUUGAGUGAUAUGUCGAUUGUAAGCAACGAUGAAACCAAAUGGGGCUGGUCACUCACGGAUCUAUAUCGCAAUGCUUUGAGUUUCUACAAAGAAAAAGCAGGCAAAGCCGUUCAAUUCACGUACGAGGACAACUUAAAAUUGGUCGCAUUUUCACAGCAAGCAUUACAUGGCCCGAUUACGUCGGUGGAAUUGCCACCACUUGGAGCGUUCGAUGUAAUUGGCCGUGAUCGUCGUGUUGCGUGGCAAAACCUGGGCACCAUAACAAAGUCACAAGCGAUGGAGGGUUUUAUCGAUUUAUUGGAUCGUUCGUGUGCUGCGUUCAAGCCAUACGUGGAGGCAAUCAAAAAGGAUAGAGAAGAAAAAGAGCGAUUAGCACAAGAGCAGGAGCGUCGACGGGUCGAACAAUUGGAAUUGGAGCGUCAACAGGAAAUCAGUCGAAAACUAUUGGACGAACAGAAAAGUCGUGAAGAGCAGCAAAAGCGUAAACUACAAGAUGCACUCAAUCAACAGACCUACGUACAAUUUCGUGCGUAUGCUGAAAAACAAUAUCCGGGCAAUCCGGAGCAACAGGCCGUUUUGAUAAGACAACUACAAAAUGAGCAUUAUCAUCAGUAUAUGCAACAGUUGCACGCACAAAUUUCGACCGAAAAGAAUGAAAAAAUUGAUGCGGCCGAACAGAGUAAUGGAGAUGCAGUGGCAACUAGUGGUACGGCCAGCACCAUUGCAACGUCGAACCAUCUAAAUUUAUCGCCCAAGGAAAAUAGUCAAUGUGAUGAUAAGGAGGAAUGCGAAAGUGACCAAGAUUCAGAUGGAUUUCCACCAAUUGCACCGGCACAAAUGUGGACCAAACCAGAUAUUGAACAAUUCAAGACGGAAGUGGCGGCUGGCAAAGGCGAAGGCAUUAUCAAAGUUGGCCAUGGCGACAUCGUCACCGUUCGAGUACCAACACAUGAAGGUGGAAGCUGUUUGUAUUGGGAAUUUGCCACUGAUAGUUAUGAUAUUGGAUUCGGUGUUUAUUUCGAAUGGGGAAAACCAACAUCCAGCGAAGUUCAAGUGCAAGUAUGUGAUAGUGAAGAUGACGACGAAGAAGACGAAGAUGAAGUUGAGCUUCAACAAAGUAAUGAUAUCGAAUCGGGUGGAAAUGGUCCUACUUCACCGCCAUCACCGGUGGCACGUUUCCGACCGCCAAUUUCAAGCGUUGUUCCUGUAUACCGACGUGAGUGUCAGAUGGAAGUCUAUGUGGGCUCUCAUACAUAUCCUGGCGAAGGAGUUUAUCUACUGAAAUUCGAUAACUCAUACUCACUUUGGCGAUCGAAAACACUGUACUACCGCGUCUUUUAUACACGAUAAAUCUAUUAACUACACAUGUUUACAGAGAUUUAAUCACCAACAAACAAACACCUAUCUAUUUAUGCAUCAUUUUAUCUUGAUUUCAGCUGCAAACGAGUUUACAAAAAUCGAAUGAAAUGUUCGUCCAACAUGUUCCGUUUUUUUUCUUGCAAAAGUAAAUCAAUUACGUUUGUGGUCAGUUCAAGUGCAAAUUGUUUUGUGUAAGGAUUUUGGUUCAGUUUGUGGCAUUCCAAAAGUUUUGAAUUUUGAUUUUAAAUCAUUUAAGUUUUAAAGAAGAAGAAAUAAACCAGUUAUAAAGAAAAAUCAAAGAAUGGCCAGAAUGGCCAGAAUGGUGUUGGAAAUCAAUGUCAUGAUGAUACGUGGAAAAACGAAUCACAGUCGAAAACGAAACAAUAAAUAAUCAAACAAAUUUCCACAUUAAACAUGCUAUAGCCGAUGUGACCGUUUUGAGGCGGGUAUUCACAUGCUCACACUACUGCAUUAUAACAUAAUUUUAAACAAGCAAAUGAAAAUCGGACUUUCCUCUCUUGAAAUGAAAAUACAAUAUAUUUACGUAUUUAAAUACAACAACUAAAGCUGAAAAAUCGUUCAACUCUUUAGAUAUAUUUACAUGCUGAUGUUUUGUGCUCUAAAUAAAUGUUCAAAAACAAAUGAAUCAAAGGCA